AUGGACGCCCAACAAACAACACCGUUUUACCGUCUCUGGCAGACAGACAACCAGCACAUCCGCGACCGCAUCCUAGGCCUUCUCCCACGCGAGGAUGUUGCCGCCCUGCGCCUCGCCUCCUCUGCAUGCUGCAACGUCACGACCAAGCGCCUCUUCAAGCGCAUCCAUGUCACCUUUACCCCCAACACCUUUACCAAACAGUCCCGCGUCCAUGCUCUCGCCCGCAUCGGCCACCACGUGGAGCAUCUGACGUUCCACUUUGCUCACUCACCCGCCACCUUCCUGCCGCCCCUCAUCCAUCCUCUGACCGGCGCCGAGAUCUCCUUUCUCUACACGCCGCACACCUCUAUGGCCUCAGUCCUCGCCCGCCCCAAGUACGCCAACACGGAGCUCGGCGAGAUUCUCACACAGCAGUACCCGCCCCUCUUUCACGCUGCCACCAACGUCCCCUCCUUUAUCAAUGCGCUCGCUCACGUGCCGAACCUCCGCCACCUCACCCUGCGCACGCCCGGCCAGGACCCCCGCGAGCGCUACCGUCGCGAUGCCGUAGACUAUGCCCUCAUCAGCCUGCGCAUCGCCCUCGAGAGAAAUCCCCUGACCGCCCUCUCGCAACUCUCCCUCGCCCACCUCCACCCGGCCGCCCUGCAGUACCUCAGGGCGGCUCCUGCCGCCUCGCUCGGCGCCCUGCCCUCCUCACCGCGCCGCUGGCGCCAGAUCCGCAAGCUUUCUCUCGCCGUCGAGAGUUGGGACUUUUCCGACACCUCGACCCCGGGCCGCGAUCACCUGCGCAUCAUGGACGACUACCUCCGCGCCAUGGCCCCCUCGCUCGAGAAGCUGUCCUUCACCUGGCUCGGCCUGCGUGGGCCCUGCCCCCUCGCACUGCCUGCCGAUCCCCUCUUCGCGGCCCCCUCCUCGCGCGCCAGCAGGAAGCUCUUCAACGAAGUCACCUCGCCCAUGUCCCCGCUGCCACCCGCCCCGGGCCGGCCCCCCAUUCACUUUCCCCGCCUGCGCCACAUGGGCGUCCGCAACGCGACUAUGCACGCACCGCAACUUGCUGGCCUCGUCGGCGCCCACAGUGCCACCGUGCGCGAGUUUGACUUUGAGGAUGUCCUGCUCGCCGACGGCGGGCGCUGGAGCGACGCCCUGGCGCCCCUCCACGGUUCGUCUUCCUGGUCGGCCGAGGGGCCGACGGGUGACGCUGACCGGUGGUCGAGGUCCUGGUCUGGCUCCGUGUGUGGGUCGAGUUCUGAGUCGUCACCUACCGGGAGCCUGCACAGCAUGCCGUCGCGGGAUGAUCUGCCCUCGACGCCGAGCGCUGCCGCUGCCGCCGCCUCGAGGGAGCUGCUCGCUUUUGACUUUGGCGAGGCUCUUGACGGGCUGGACUUCCUCGGCGAAGUCGGCGGCGAUGACGAAGAGAUCGACGAGAGAAGGAGGAGAGAGGACCUCGAGGCUGAUCUCGUCAGCGAGAUUGCCGCGGCCAGGGAGGCGAGCGCUGCCUUCACGACGAAGCUCAAGAAGAAGCGCAAGGUGCGUAGGAGAGUGGAUGAGGUCGUCGUCGAUCAGCUAGACGUCAAGACCAAGCAGAGCAGCCACCGACACCGGGGGCCCUCGGACGCCGAACAAGAGGUCGAAGCGCGCGACAAGCAGCAUCACCGCCGUCACGGCAGCCGUCACAGGAAAAAGCGACACGCCGAGGACGACAAGGAGAGCCGCCCCAGCCCCGGCCCCAGCCGCAGCAACAGCGACCGCUCAAUCCUCCGCAAGCAGCCGUCCAACAUGUCGUCGACGGCGCCCGAGGCGGAGUGCCACCGCCCUGCCGGCCCGGCCCGCACGCUGUCCAACAUUAGCGCCCCCAUCAUGGACACCACCCAGCAGCCGGUUCUCCUGCAGCCCACGACGUACGACCCCAACCGUCGCCACGCCGCCGACGUGGACCCCGACGAGGGCAUCUCCUCUGUCCAGCGCAACAUUGAGCAAGAGGAAGCCCACCGUGUGCUGGCCGAGGACGCCGCCGCGCGGUCGAGCGCGCUGCAGAAGGCAAAGGAAGCCGUGCUGCUCAAGCUCUCGGCGCAGUUCAGCAGCAGCAGCAAAAAGCACGUGCCCUCCCACGGGCCCGAUAGCUGCGCCAUGGCGGCACGUCUCAGGGAGGGCCUGUUCGGCAAGAGCUACGUCAGCGUGCUGCCUGACGCGCGGAGCAUGUCGAGCCAGUCGGCACUGGUGCCCCUGAUGUUUACGAGGUCAUGA